GGAUAAUGGUGGGGCAGGGAGAAGAAUCCCAUGGAUAAUGAUGAGGAAGGGAGAGGAAUUCCAUGGAUAGUGAUGAGCCAGAGGGAUCCCAUGGAUAAUGGUGAACGAGAGAGGGAUCUCAUGGAUAAUGGUGAGCCAAAGGGAUCCUGUGGAUAAUGGUGAGUCAGGGCCAGGAAUUCCAUGGAUAACAGGGAUAGGGACUCCUGCUCUAGAGAGGGGCUGGAUUUGAAGGCGACUUCCAACAGGAAGAGGAACACAGGGGAUGAGGGAAAACACCCGGACCAUGAAGGCGGCGCUGGCGCUCCUCCUCCCUCUGGCACUCGCCCUGGCACCGGUGGCGAGCGGGCAGCGCCGGAAACCCCCCCGCAGACCCACCCGGCCUCCCGCACCCUUCGAGGAGCCCGCGGAGCCCACGGAGCUGCCCCCUCCCCUCCCUCCGGGCCCUCCUUCCAUCUUCCCCGACUGUCCCCGGGAGUGUUACUGCCCGCCCGAUUUCCCGUCGGCGCUGUACUGCGACAGCCGCAACCUGCGCACGGUGCCCGUGAUCCCGCCCCGCAUCCACUACCUGUACCUGCAGAACAACUUCAUCGCCGACCUGCCCGAGGAGUCCUUCCGCAACGCCACCGGCCUCAAAUGGGUCAACCUGGACAACAACCGCAUCCGCAAGGUGGACAGGAAGGUGCUGGAGAAGCUGGAAAAUCUCAUUUUCCUCUACAUGGAGAGGAAUCAGCUGAAGGAGGUGCCCGCCUUUCUGCCGCCCAACCUGGAGCAGCUGCGGCUCAGCAGGAAUCAGAUCUCCAGGAUCCCCGCCGGUGUUUUCAACAAGCUGGAGAACCUGGUGCUGCUGGACCUGCACCACAACAAGCUGAGCGAUGGUGUCUUCAACAAGAACACCUUCAAGGGGCUCAAGAACCUCAUGCAGCUCAACCUGGCUCACAACAUCCUGAGGAAGAUGCCCCCCGGCGUGCCCAGCGCCAUCCACCAGCUCUUCCUGGACAGGAACAACAUCGAGGACAUCCCCAGCGAUUAUUUCAAGGAGUUUCCCAACCUGGCCUUCAUCCGACUCAACUACAACCAGAUCUCGGAUAAGGGGCUGCCCAAAAAUUCCUUCAACCUCACCAACCUGCUGGUGCUGCACCUGGCGCACAACAAGCUCACCAACGUGCCCUUCAUCAGCCCCAAGCUGGAGCACCUUUACCUGAACAACAACUCCAUCGAGAAAAUCAACGGCACUCAGAUCUGCCCCACCUCGCUGAUGUCCAUCCAGGAUUUCUCGCCCUCCGACCUGGACAGCGUGCCCCGGCUGCGUUACCUGCGGCUGGACGGGAACCUGCUCAAGCCUCCCAUCCCUCUGGAUCUCAUGCUGUGUUUCCGCCUGCUCCAGUCCGUGGUGUUUUAGUCCCGUCCUGCCUCUCCCAGGCCCGGCUUAACUCGGACAUUUCCCCCCACUAUCCCCCGGCGGCGUUUGACACGUGGGACCCUCUCUCCUCCCUCUCCCCCUGCUCUCUGCUCUCCUCCAUCCCUCUCCCCGUCCCUUUUCCUCCCCUGCAGGACACUCGUGGCUCCCUGGGGACACUCCUGUCCCGGCUGCCACCCUUGUCCUUGUCCCCCAGGCCAAGCCCGGAGCCGGCUCCGUCUCUCCCUUGGCACCCGGCAGAGUUCGGGGGGUUUGGGUUCGGUCCGGAUGGGGCUGGGGGCGUGUCCCUGCUCCUGGGGACGGUUCCCGGUGGAUUUUGGAGCCGGAAGUGGAAGGAGGAUGGACAAUGUGGCCAUCACAAGGGAUGGGGACACUCCUGUCACCCUGGCUCUUCUGGAGAGCUUUGGCUCCGCAUUUCUCUGGAGCGGGAGGAUCGAAAUUCCUCCUGGAGCUGGGGAUUUGCUGGGAUGGAGCAGGGAGGGGAUCCUGGAUCCUGUGUGGGCCACACCUUCCCACACCCCCCUGGGCAAGACCAGGCCCUGCCCGGCUUCAAAUCCCCCAUCCCAGCAGCGAUCCAUGGGGUCACAGCCCCACCCCAAAAUCCUGAAUCCUUCCCUCUGAGCUGGGGGGGACACAGACACAUCCAUGGGGUCACAGCCCCAUCCCAAAAUCCUGAAUCCUCCCCUGUAAAAUCUGAGGGUACAGGGACACAUCUGUGGGGUCACAGCCCAUCCCAAAAUCCUGAAUCCUUCCCUCUGAGAUCUGAGGAUUCAGGGCCACAUCCACGGCUCAGUUUCUCUCUGGAGCCAAUCACACACGACUGGGUUUUGCCUUUUUUAUUAGAAAUAAAAGGAAGGGGAAAGAAAA